GUUGUUGUAACAUAUUGCUCAAAAUAAAUUAUAAAUUCGACUAGAUAGAUAGCUUUGCACAACUGGUGACACACUGACGUCAUAAUGAAGACCGUGCUGGUUUCACUAAUCUUAUCAUCGUUUUUGGUCCUAAAUUUCCUUGGUUUUGUUGAAGGACACAAACAGAGUGACACAAGAUUGAAUGCCUUGGAGUCUUUGAUCUACAACAACGCGGAGGCCACAGUCAAACUGGAUUCUACAGCACUGAGACAACUCAUCCAAUUAUCGAGAACGGAUAAACCACGAGUGAGUUUUUCUGUUUAUGUUAAAUCGAAAGACCUGAUAAUAAGGAUUGGUAAUACUGCGAUUUAUGACGGGAUCCUGACGAACGAUGGAAAUGGAUAUGACGUCAGAACAGGAGUGUUCACGUGUCCUGUAGCGGGUACCUACAUGUUUGUUGUCGAUUGUCUCUCUCAUAAGCCAGCAUGGAUAGACAUUGUAAAAAACAAGACUGUGGUAGGAUCUGUUCACAUAGCAACUGCUAACGAUGGUCCAUCUUAUCAGCAGUUAAGUAGAACCGUCAUUGUAAAGGCAAGAAAAGGUGACCACGUUAAAGUAGUUGGUGGUUGGAAAAGCGGCUACGUCCACAAGGGUAACUACUCUGGUUUUUCAGGAACUUUACUGUACUGAAGAAGUAAUACAGAAAAGAAAUUGAAAAUUACAAGUCAUGAGAAUGGGGUAAUAAAUAAAAAGAUAUA